AGUAAUAAAUUAAAUUAUAAAAAACUUAGACCUUUCGAAAUUAUUAAAAAAGUCUUACUAAUUAAUUACGAACUAAGAUUACUAAAUAUAAUACGAUACUAUCCUAUUUUCUAUAUUUUAUUACUUAAACUUAUAUUAAAAAGCUUAUAUAUAAAAGAUUAUAUUAUUAUUAAACUAAAUUAA